AUGACCUCUCUCAUUGACCUGCUGAGUCCGCGACUCGGUCCGAUCCAGACUUGCCUCCUGCAGUACCUCGAUCCUGGCGCUAUCGCAACACUGACUGCGGCAUGCAAAGACUUCGGUUGCCUUUGGCCCAGGCUCAUGGCCUCGGCCUACAACAUCGACCACCAACUCCGGAACUUCUUCACCAACCCCAAAGAUUUUAGGUCCGCGCAAGGAGAGUCGGGUGCUCUGAUCUUCGACGGUGUUUGCCCAAACUUGCUAAGGUUCUUCACGCGAGGCGACAACCGUAGGGUGAAAACUCUCAUUCUUCACAUACAAGAUGAACAUACAGACCCGAUGGUCACAUACCUCGAAACGGAAGGUUACACCCUCCAAGAUCCAAACGAAAUGUAUCCUGGUACGCCGCAAUGUGGCAACGGACAAAUGGCGUUCCGGAAGAAGCCCUAUUGGGUGAACAUCGAACAUCACAAAACCUCUCCAAUUCAGAGGCUGUUGGAAAGAGCGACGUCAGAUAGACUUAUGUUCCUGUCGUGGAAUAAAGCGUACGCCAUAUUCCCGGUCGAGACACUGGUGAAGCAGGAGUGUCUUUUGCUGUCAGAUGGGGACGCCAUUCUUGAGAUAGAAAUUGGUCGCUUCGAGCGCCAGCGACGUACUAAGAGCGAUGCAAUUACUGCAGUCUGUGGGAUUACUACACAAGAAGGAGAAAGUCGCAAAACCGGACCUACAGUAAUUAUGUCGGCUGGCAAAACCAACGAAGGCGGAGAGGAACUUCACUACGACAUUGCGAAGAAUCCGCCCCCUUCGACCGUCCGGAAAGUGGGCGACAAACGUACCUUGUGUCUCCAGCUUGACACUGAAGGCGUGAAAGCUCCCACUACACCUGAUGCUGUCCUCGAGUCAGCGAUGUUUCUCCUUCGACGUUACGAGAACCCGUUUGUUUCGCAAUACCACGAAGUUCAGCACCCACGACAUUCGAUCCAGUUCAUCUCACUCGGCCAUCCCAUACUAAAGCACACAUACCUGAUCCCGACAACCAACGACCACUUGUUCGCCAGCAAUAAUGACUUGACGCACAUAAUGGAAGAUCUGAGGAUCAAGCUAGAUGGUCUGACGCUCAAAGAGAUGGAGAAGGUCCCGGAAGCUGAGCGCCCAAUUGAAUUCGCUCGGGUUCGAGAUGCGCAUGAAAGCGGUAGCAUACUCAGAGACACGUUCCCGCUGCCUGUCGACUGGACGUUCUAUGACGACGAGGUUCUUGAAGAAUUAGGGGUUGCUUGGGAGAGCCGGGACGGUGUAUGA